CGUAAAUAUGGCCAACUGCGUGUACGCGCGGGUCUUUUGGAGGGGCAAAAAAGAGUCACGCUCGUCCUAUAAAUACGGGCGUUAUCCUGGACUUGCACAACACUUCUCCGACCAUCAUCGAUAUAUUCGCAGCUUUGAGCUUUAUUCUCAUCCGAUACGCAGUCACCUCUUCGUUCUUGCAAAAAUGGCCGAUCGUCAAGGACAAAAUUAUCAAUACCAACAGCAGUACCAAAAUUCUGCAAGGGACCAAAAUGCCAUCGACAAUAGAGCCAAUCAGCUGAACAAGAACAAUCGUUUGUAUCAACCUACCCAGGACAACAUCAAUAAUAGAUCAGAACAACUCAAUCCGAAUAAUUAUAAAUAUCAAGGUCAAAGAUACUAA